UAAUAGAUACAGUAACUGAUCUGAAGUGUGAAUAACAAAAAUAACUAUCUAAUACGGGCGGAGUUAAGAUGGCCAUGUGACCUAUCGUCAUGCAUAGAUUUCCACAUCCGCCAUCAUUGUUGUUUUUGUUUUGAGGACAGAUUGCAGACGAAUAAAACUUUCCUGAAAAUAAGUUAUAUUGAACGAAAUGUCUUCACCAAGCCCAGGAAAGAGAAGAAUGGAUACUGAUGUUGUGAAGCUUAUUGAAAGUAAGCAUGAGGUGACGAUACUAGGAGGAUUGAACGAGUUCAUCGUCAAGUUUUAUGGACCUAGUGGUACUCCAUAUGACGGAGGAGUAUGGAAAGUGAGAGUAGAUUUGCCGGAGAAAUACCCUUUUAAGUCUCCUUCUAUUGGUUUUAUGAACAGGAUAUUCCAUCCCAAUAUAGAUGAAGUAUCUGGUUCUGUAUGUUUAGAUGUUAUAAACCAGGCAUGGACAGCUUUAUAUGAUCUGUCCAAUAUCUUUGAGUCCUUUCUGCCACAGUUGUUAACUUACCCUAACCCUACCGAUCCACUUAAUGGUGAUGCUGCCUCAAUGUAUUUACAUAAACCAGAAGAAUACAAGAAGAAGGUUGCAGAAUAUGUGAAGAAAUAUGCAACAGAAGAGGCAUUAAGAGAACAUGAACACCAGUCAUCAUCUAGUGAAAGUUCUAUGAGUGAUUUCUCAGAAGAUGAAGCUCAAGACAUGGAACUGUAACCAUAGCUUUGUCAUAAGAUUUCAUCAUCCCAUAUUGCAUCAGUUCUAAAUUUAACACCAUGUGAAAAUGCUGUUUAUUGCUUGUACCCCUUGUUGCUUCAUAUAAUAUGUUGUUUGUUGUUGUUUUAGAUGGUGACUUUAUUGAUAAAUUGAAAGAUUAUUUUCAGGUGUUAUAAUGAAAAUGUGUGUACAAUGUUUUUUGACAUCUUUUUGAAGCAGGCUUCUUCAAAUUCAGAUUUUAUUGUACACUGACAAGGUUUUUUCCAUUCCAUUGCAACAUUGUUAUAGGGAUUUUUUUCGGUUUUUGCUUUUCACUAAAGAAUAUAUGAUUUUUUGGGUGAACGCUUAACAAUAUAUUUAUUUCUCUUUUAUAAUAAAUACCACCAUUCUUCUUACUUGAGAAAUAAAGCAUUUUUUUAGAUACUAGGGUAUAUUAUUUUUUUAAUUUUAACCUUUAUAAUUCAUAUAAAUUUCUUUAAAGAAAAGCUCUUUUUAAACAAUCCAAAUUUCGGAUAAAUGCACACUAUCACAUAUUUGUUUUGAUGAUGAAACUAACUAAGAAAUUCCCUAUUGUUUUAAUCCAUCAAUUUAAGACACUCAUACCAAUUUUAAUAAUGAACAAGGGGAUGUUAUCUGGUGUUAUUUUUAGAACAUGUUAACCUGGGAAAUUGUUAUGCAGGCCUUCAGGAAGUGUUUUGAAUGAAGUAUGAUUGUAAAACAAAAUGUAAGAUUCUGACUCCUUUUAUUAUUCGUAUAUUUCAGUUCAUAUCUAACAAAACAAUAUGAAAAAUUGAGUUCUUUUAAUUGCAAUCUAGAAAACAGUUUCUACUUUUCUUCUUCAUUCUGUUGAAUGUUUUCUGUGAACUUAAAAUUCUGAGCACAAGUUUGUGUCGGCUCACAUCGAAAAUAAACGGUCAUUUUUUGUGUUUUUCGCAUGCCUUCCUUGAAAAACUCACACAUUUUUUUUUUUAUUCAAACACUACCGGUAUAUGUUAUGUGUGGCCUAUGUACGCUUUGAUGGAUAGUAUUAAAUUUUUUCAUUUGAUAAAAUUAUAUGCUGUGAUAAAUAUUUUGAACUAGUGCUUUAAAAUGUUCCCCAAAACUUAAAAUAAGUUUAAUAUCUUUUUGUCUUUCAAUUUUGCAAGGCUUUUACAUGUUCCAUUGCAAAAUAAAGUUUGCAAUUAUUUCAAUGAAACAAUAGGGUGUUGAUAAUGAUAAAAAGUAAUAUAGACGUUAAUAUUUUGUUGUUGAUAUAAACAGAAAGUUUACCUUAAACUGGAAGUUUUAUAAGUUAAUACUGUACCGUUACCUUUUAGUUUCAAUGAAAUGAAUUUUUAUGAUAUGUAUUUUUUGUCCUAAUUUUGAUGCAUAAAACAGCAAGAGAAACUAUUGAAUGAAAUAAACAUUUAAUAGUGAUGUAUUAGAUAGGGCUUAUAUUACUUAUUUUAUUUUGAACCAAUACUUUAAGAUUAAAUUUUAGAUAAAAUUUGAUAUCAUUUUAAAAACUCUGUCCUUAUUUUUUUUAGUUAGUUAUUAGAAAAGAUUAUUAAUUGAUAAAAUUUUUAUAAUGCCUUAACAUAUCUCUUUCCCUAACAGAUUAAAUCACUCAAGUUUUGCAGAGUUAGGAUUUUACAACACAAGUAAAGUUUGAGAUUAAAGUUGAAGAAAUGAAAACAUUUGAAUUGUGAAUUUGGUUUGUUACAAUAUUGAUUCCCAGGUUUCUUCUUCAUUAUAUUAAUUCACAGAAGACUGUUCUGACCAAUUGUUAAAAUUUUCAGUCUUUAUUUGCUAUUUAUAGCUGUAGCAAUUUUUUAAGUUAAAAAAGUUAGUGAAAAGGUUUUACUAAGUAAAAAGAAUUGAUUUUUUUUUACUUUUCCAGAACUUUAUUCAAGGAGGUUUUAAGCCAUACUCAUUAAAGCAAAACUGUUAUAUUCAGAAAAAUUAGUUUUGUCGACAUAAGAUUCUGAAAAUAAGAUAAUGAAAUUAUGAAACAACCUUUAUUUCUCUGAGAAACUAAAAAUAAUGUAACAUCUGAUUGGUGUUAUAGAUUAAAAAAGACUGUCAUAUUUUCUUCAGGAGUUUUCCUGUUCCUCGGUUAGGCAAAAGUAUUGAACAGUAUUGAUAACAUUUACAGUGAAAGCAGCAUUAUUCAAACUUAAAACAAAGAUCUCUGAAAAUUUUAGUAAAAAAGUUGGGACAGUCUUUGCACAUUUUAAGCUGGUCAUGGAUGAAUGGAGAGUAACUGUUAUUUUGAAGUAAAUGGUUUUUUUUAUAGUAAAAAAUAAUAAUAAAUGACUUAAUGUGAGCUAUAUUGGUUCAAUUUACCAUGAAUUUAGAAAUCAUAUUUAUCAUGUAGUUUUUUUUUCAAUUUUUAGUUUUGAUGUGUUAUACAAGUAUAUUUGUAUAUUGUUUUUUUUAAUAAACUGGGAUAAUUCUGUGGUUGUUUUGGAUAGGUUAACAAAAAAUGUAUUUAGACUUAACAAGCUUUUUAUUUUUGAUUAUAGUUGUUGACAAACCAUGUUAUGAAGCGUACGGUUUAGAGUGAGAAGUUAUAAAAAUAACAGUUAAACAGAUUUUGAAAAAAAAUUCUUAAAAAGACAGACUGCCCAAGUAUGAACUUCAUAGGUUUUAUUAUUAUAAAAAAGGAAAAUUAAAAAAAAUUGGGUUUAAUAAAUUUAUUUUCAGUAAUAUGAUCAAUUAAAAAAAAAUUGUUACUAUCUAUUAUAAAAGAGAAGUAAGUCUUCGAAUUAACAUAUUUAUUUCAAGUUUAAGGUUGUUUAGGCCAAAUUAUUUUGACUUAAAAGGUCUGUUUGAUACAGUGUAACAUACGUCUUUGCUGAAGUUAAAUGUUGUUUUCAUCAAAAUUUUCAAAGGAGCACGAUUAAAAUAAUUGUAGGUUAUAGCCAUAAGAAUUUAUCAUCAGUUUAUUUCAAAUACCAAUUGUUUUCCAUUUCUAAUUAUUUUAGCAGAUGCCUUUCAUGCUAUCAUGUUAAUUUUACAAUAUUUUUGCUGAAUGAGGAAACAUAAUGGCCAAUAGACUACUUUUUUCCAUGCAAUGUAUCCCUUUAGACCAUAGAAUUUAAGACACUAAUACCAUGAAAAAAUGUGAUUUAAGGGGGAAAAUGCUGUUUGAAAGCUUUUUUAUUCUUAGUGAAUUUUGAAGUGGUGUUCAAUUAUAAAUGGUGUUAUUAUAAUUCAACAUAUCAGUAGAGUAUAUUAAGUCAUGUUGAAAUCAAACAUUUAGAAUACUCCUAUCUAUUUCCAUCGGUAGCAGUAUGAUUUGAAAUUCUAAAUACACAAUAGAAAAUAAAUAAAGAUUGCUUUAUCAUUGAUAAAUACCCCCACAUUUCUUUUUAUUUAUUUACAAUAAGUUGGUAGAAUAAAUUAUCAAGAUCCCAAUUUUAUUUUAUCAAACCAUUGUAUUUCAGCAAAAAUCAAUUCAUACUUAUACACUUAACAUCAUUGAAAUAAACAAAAUUCUCGUCAUAAGAAAUUUCAUAAUUUUUCCUGUAGAAUCUCUGCUUUUUUGUGCUGAUAUACCAUUUGUUUGCUGUCACUGUGUAGAAUUUUGUGUUAUGUACAUUUGUUCCUAGGAGAAAAUACUUCUUAAUUUAGGCUUUAGAAUCUUAACGAUUUAAUACUUCAUUAAUUUGUUGUAAAAUAAUAUUCCCUCCAUGAAAUUAUAUUAGUUGUGGCCAUCUGGUUUAAUUUCAUUGCUUCUUUCAUCAAUAUUAAGAAAAGCAAUAUAUGAGAGCCUUUUUCAAAAUAAUUUUCUAAAUUUCUUUUAAUUCCAUUUUAUAAUUAAUUGGCAAAUUUUUCAAAAUAUUAAAGUACCGCUCUCUGAUAAAUUUUGCAAGUGUGAACUAUCAGAACUGGUUUCUGUUUUACCAGAAAACCAGUGGAAACAGGAAACCAGUAGAGAACUUGUACAAUAAGGAUUGUUUCACCUCCAAAAUUGAUAAUUGUAGUGAAAGUUUAUAGACAUGUACAACAAUAGUUAAUACUGUAUAAAGCAAUAACACUUUUUUGUGUGUUUUUAUGAUAGAAGUAUGAAUAUAUGCUUCCUGUUGUAUUUGAUUCUUAAAAAAUACCUCCUACUGGUUUUGCCAUGUUGAAUGUUUUGUAUCAAAUUGGUGAGAAUUCCUAAUUUUUUGUUAAGUCUUGUUUUUAAUGUCAUGUUGCCUAUUGUUAAGAUUUUGUUACAAUGAUACAUUUGGUGAGAGUAACCAAUAGUGAUUAGGUCAUGUUGUUGCUAUUAUUGAUAAUUAUGUGAUUCUUGCUGGACCAUUUUCUGAUUUCAAUACAAAAGUACAAACUAACAUUGAUUUAUUAACAAUCAUGGAUUCGCAUACUUUCAAUUCCAAAUUAAUGCACACUGAUCGAGAAAUCACCAGAAACUUGUUAUUUUUCUGAAUUUUUUGACAUGAAUGAAUGUAAAUAAAACUUAAGAUUGUUUAGGAAAAUAUAAAAAGGGGACUUAUCUUAACGAAAUAUUUGAUGAACCUAGAUUACCUUAGCAAUUGUGCACACUUUAAGAAUUGUUAAUUUUUUGACAUUUCACACACAAAAAAAUAUGGUUUCUAGCUGGUUGAAGGUUGUUUCAUCAGCAAAUUUACCACAUUUUAUUUUCAUAUAAAACAGGACCUAAAUUGAUUGGCUAGCUACAUGAAUUAUUGAAUAUAAGAGCCUUUUAAAUUAUUGAAUUGAUAUCAGAUUAUGGAUCCAGCAAUAUUUUAUUUAAGAUUUGUAUAUAUAUCUAAUAUAAACAUUUCCAUCAGAUUAUACAGGUGUCUGUGAAAUAUAGAAAUGUAGAGUGAUUGGUUUUAGUCUUAUAUCUUUAUCGAUAUUAUGUAUAUUUAUUCUAUGGAAGAAAAAUAUGAAAAAGAAAUAAAAAGAUGAAAAUCUG